GACUACCGUGGCUGCACGUGUUUUAGUUAGUAACUAGUGAUGGCAGGUAUAACAACACCCGAUGAAAAACACGAUGGAGAUAGCAAGGGUGGAAAUACCAACGGAGAUGCAACUGAAAAUACGAAUGAAGUGCAAAUUAAUGGGCAUGUUGAGGAUAUGGAAAUAAAUGGGACGGACGACUCUGGGUCGGAGGAUAAAAGUUCUGACGACAGUGCACCUGACAGUCCCAAAAGUCCUGACAGUCCGACAAUGCCUGAGAAAGCUGACAAUGCAGCGGAACAGGAAAACAAGGAGGAUGAGGAGAAGAAAGAUCAGGAACUUGUUCUCAUACAGGACACCGGGUUCAUCGUCAAACUGUCGGCACCCGGGAUCGAAUCUUUUGAGUUGCCUGUGAGCUCGAUGGAGCUGGUUCAGGAGAUCCACCAGGUUCUGAUGGAUCGCGAGGACACCUGUCACCGGACGUGCUUCUCCCUACAGCUCGACGGGACCACGCUCGACAACUUCGCUGAGCUUAAAACCAUUGAGGGUUUGGAGGAAGGAUCUCACAUUAAAGUCGUUGAAGAGCCGUACACUGUUCGCGAGGCCAGGAUUCAUGUGCGCCAUGUGCGAGAUUUGCUGAAAUCCGUCGACCCAGCUGAUGCCUAUAAUGGAGUGGACUGCAACUCGCUGUCUUUCCUCAACACCAUCACUGCCGGCGAUAUAUUAGAUAUUUUCUGGUAUUCAGAAAAGAAAAAGUCAACCCCAAGUUCUAUAGACUGCACCCCUCCCGAGUACAUCAUGCCAUCUGCCAGCAACAGACCACUGACACCUUUACACCCAGCUGUGAAAGAAUUGAAGGGUCCAACAUGUCUGAAGGUUUUGACAUACAGUGGCUGGAAUCCUCCACCAGGCAACAGAAGAAUGCAUGGUGAUUUAUUGUAUCUGUAUGUUGUCACACUGGAAGAUAAAAAAUACCAUGUAACUGCUUCUACUCGUGGCUUUUACCUUAAUCAGUCUACAGAAGAUGAAUUUAACCCUAAAGCUGCUCAGCCAAAGUAUUUAUCACAUUCCCUGAUUGAUCUUCUGAACUUGAUUAGUCCAGCAUUUAAAAAGAAUUUCUCCACAAUGUUGAAAAAACGGUCACAGAAACAUCCGUUUGAGCGAGUACCUACACCAUACCAAGUGUACAGUUGGAUGGCUCCACAUCCAGAUCAUGUCAUUGACUACAUCCGAGCAGAGGAUGCAUUCUCUACAAGAUUAGGCUAUGAAGAACACAUCCCUGGUCAGACGAGAGAUUGGAAUGAAGAGAUUCAAACAACAAGAGAGCUGUCGCGCAAAAACCUUCCUGAAAGACUCAUUAGGGAAAGAGCUAUUUUUAAGGUUCACAGUGAUUUUGUAGCUGCAGCUACUCGUGGUGCAGUCGCCGUCAUUGAUGGAAACGUUAUGGCCAUCAAUCCAGGAGAAGAUGCUAAGAUGCAGAUGUUCAUCUGGAACAACAUCUUCUUCAGCCUGGGCUUUGAUGUCAAGGAUCACUACAAGGAUUUUGGGGGAGAUGCAGCAGCGUACUAUGCCCCAGGAAGUGAUUUGCAAGGUGUUAAAGCAUACUUUGGAAUUGACCCUGAAAAUCUGUACACAUUGGGAACCGUGGUCAUUGACUACAGAGGAUACAGAGUCACUGCUCAGUCCAUUAUUCCAGGAAUUCUUGAGCGAGAACAGGAGCAGUCUGUUGUGUAUGGUUCUGUGGACUUCGGCAAAACAGUUGUUACUCAUGAGAAAUACAAGGAAUUGUUGCAAAAAACUGCACAGCAGUUGAAGAUUCGACCUCAUAAGGUGCUAAACAAUAAAGGUGAAGAAAUUGAAUUAUUUUCAUCAAUUGAAUGCAAGGGAAUAAUUGGCAAUGAUCAGCGACACUAUGUCCUUGACCUUCUCAGGACAUUCCCUCCAGAUGUCAACUACCUUCCAGUUGACGAUGAUGAGCUGAGCAAGGAGGUCCGAGACCAAGGCUUUCCCAAAUCUCACAAACACAAGCUGGCCUGUCUAAGACAGGAACUCAUUGAAGCAUUCGUUGAGAAUCGAUAUGUUGCAUUUGUCCGACAUGCAGCCUUCCAGUUUCAGCAACUACAGCAGGCAAAACAGAACAAGGUGAUUGAAGUGGACAGUAAGGAGCCUGAAACUCUUCUCGAAAAGAAGACCUUGGAAAUCAAGUCAACUGAAGAACUUAUCAAUGGUCAGCAUGAUUGUAAUAAGAAGGAUAACUCUGAUGCUAAUGCCCUUGCCACGGAAGAAGCAAAGAAAAUUGUCGAAACUCUUACGGGAACUGACAAUCAGACUUUUGAAGAGAGCACAAGGGACAUUGUCAAGAAAGCUGCUAAAGCUGUGGGAUCCCUUAGUGAGACAGAAUUCACUAUGACCUUUAACCCCGAUGUCUUUCAGCCACACGUACAGCAUGCAGACCCAGAGAGUAAAAUAUUCAAGAUGGAAAAACAGCUUGUGAAAGACGCUGCUGAAUUUCUGUUACUGCAUCAGAUUCCCACACUGGUGAAUGAUUGUUUAGACCACACAUCAUCGCCGAUUGAUGGACUGACACUGAGUGAAGCUAUGCACAACCGUGGAAUUAACAUGCGCUACCUUGGCAAAGUGGCGGAUAUAUUCUCCAAAUAUUCAACAGUGUCAUAUGUAUAUAGUAUUGCUGUUGGUGAGUUGAUCUGUCGAGCUGCGAAGCGAAUCUUCAAGACAUACAUGCAGGGAGUGGAUCUCGUGAACCUGUCGUCCGCCAUCACCCACUUCCUCAACUGUUACCUCGGCUCGUAUCCCACACCACAUGCUCAAGUCACAACAGAGGAGAUUCCAAGCAGAACAGCUAAACGCAAAAGCAAGAAAAGGAACAAACACAGUGUUGUGUUCAGUGUUGAAAACAGCGAGUGGCUGUCAGAGACGCCGAAAACCUUGUGGAAGAAGAUUGUUGAUGAAGUGGAUGAGUACUACAGCUACACACUGGAGUGUGAUUCUGUGGACAAUGCCAUAGAGAAGUAUGGACUGCAGCGCGUGUCACUGAUGCGAGCGUUCUGUCGCUCAGUGGGAAUUCAGGUUCUGUUGCGUGAAUACCAUCUCGAUAUCCGUAACAAGCAGAUCUUCUACGAGGAGGACAUAGUGAAUGUCUACCCCAUUGUCAAGCAUUUGCAUCCUAAGGCUACUGAUGCGUACCAUUUCUUCACGAGUGGCCAGUCAAAGAUCCAGCAGGGACUGUUGCGGGAAGGCUAUGAGCUGAUCAGUGAGGCACUCAACCUCCUCAACAACGUUUACGGGGCAAUGCACCCGGAAAUCUCGGCCUGCCUACGGCUUCUCGCACGACUCAACUACAUCAUGGGUGACUACGGCGAGGCACUAUCAUACCAACAACGAGCCGUGCUGAUGAGCGAACGUGUUCUUGGCAUUGAUCAUCCCAACACAAUCACAGAAUAUACUCACCUAGCACUGUACUGUUUUGCCAACAACCAAGUGUCCAGUUCUCUGAGGCUGAUGUACCGAGCUAGAUACCUCGCCAUCCUGUGUCACGGAGAAAACCACCCUGAUGUUGCUCUCAUCGACAGUAACAUUGGUCUGAUCCUGCAUGCUGUGGAGGAGUACGAGUUGUCCCUGAAAUUCCUGGAGCACACUCUACAGCUGAAUGUCAGGUACUUUGGUGCUAAGAGUUUAAAAGUUGCCAUGAGUUACCAUCUUGUUGCUCGCACCCAUUCCUGUCGAGGAGACUUCCGAGCCGCACUGCAGAGCGAAAAAGAGGCAUACGCAAUCUACAAACAAACGUUAGGGGAGGAUCAUGACAGAACGAAGGAGAGUUCCGAGUGUUUGAAACAUCUCACGCAGCAGGCAGUCGUCUUCCAAAAGAAAAUGAACGAGAUUUACAAGGGAGACAAGAACAUUACCUUCCCUCCCAUUCAGAUCCAGACACCAUCAUUGUCGAGUGUUUUGGAUACCUUGAAUGUUAUCAAUGGUAUUGUUUUUGUCCAAAUAAGCCCGGAUGAUAUUGAGAGAUUCCGACAAGAGAUGUCGAAGCGAGGCACAAGCACAGGGAACAAGAGUGAAGCUAAAAUUACUGAAAUUACUGAUGUUAAAUCGGAACAUGCCGAAUGUUGUGUUCAUAAGGAAAAAACUGAAACAUGUACGGAGAAGUGCAUUAAAACAGAUGACUUGCAAAUCAAACUAGAUAACGGACCUGCCACUCCACUAAUCAAUGGAGACGCGAGCCAUGACUCCACUUUAACAGAAGUAGCCGUUACCGAUGGAUAAUGCAUGGUUCUUUUUAGAUGACAUGGAUAAUACUAAUGUGUACUUUUGUCGAGUGUGAUCUCUCUGGAUGAUAUAUAAUGUGUUAACUUGACGUAAUGCAUUGCACUUGUAUGUAAUACAUUUGUAUUUGUAGAAGUGUGGAUUCCUACAUUAUGUAAAGUGAUAGCAUAAACAAAGAGGGUUUUGCAUAAACAAACAGUGCCAUGGAAAUGAUUUGUCUAGUGAUGUAUUCGUUUGUGCACAGAGGUUUCAUUUGUGUUUAUCUCCCCUGUUUACACUCUCUCUCAAACACAGACUGUGAUGUGGUGUUACAGAAAGUAACGUUUUGUUACGAGAUGACGUUGAUAAAGUAUUUUGGCCAGUUAUGCAGUGUUCUUAAAAAGUCAUGUUUUGCUUUAUGCAGAUUUUUUCAGUUUGGUGUCUUUUCUUUUACGUUUUUGCCAAAAUAACGUAGAAAUUGAAACCUAAAAAUUAAGACGAGGCAAAUGGAAAUUUGUAAUUGCCAAAAUAGGCUCUAGCUAUGUUUCUAUGGCAAGAUAAAUACAUUAUAAAUAAAUAUCUACAUAUUGUAAGUAUAAGCAAGAAAAGCUUAAAAUAUGAAGAAAUGUUUUAACACUGUACUGGAAUUUUUAGAUAAUUUUCAUCAAUAUUUUUGUGUUUUGCAUACUUUUUUUCUUUUUUUUGGUUGUCCUAAAUGCAAAAAACAAUGUAGAAUAGUUAUGUGAUGUUAAUUUCUAAUUGGUAGAAUGUACGAAAACCAUAGGUGUGCCAAUAACAAAACAAAUUGAUAAUAACUGUAAAACAGUUAUUAGUAGGGUUAUCUUUUCUAACCAGAAUUUACAAACCUUGUAGAUGUUAGCUUUCUUGAGGGAUGAAAUGUGUUAGCGACUUCAUUUAAGACCAAGUUGUGGUCAGUGUCACUGGUUCCCAUAACACGAUCACAAUAGUUGUAGAACAGUUAUUUGUGAUGUUCACUUUCCUAAUGAAUAUAAUAACCUCUUAAACGUUGGCCUUUCUAAUAAAUAAUAAAUGUAAUCCUCCAUUAAAUUUCCCACCAAGUCUAGCAUUAACAUCCAUGGUGUGUAAUGAGUUUUAUGUUGAUCAUUUGAACCAGAGAGAGUGCCACGGUUAAUAUUGUUGGUAACCGAAUACAAAUAUAGUCGAAUAUCAUUAUUUUGACCUAUUUUAUCUCGUGAGCCUUGAAUAUCUUGGGGUCGAGAAUUAGUUCCACCAUUGUUUGUUAAACCACUGAUGGUCAAGCUUGUUUUGGUCCUUUCAGCAUCAAGAUAAAGAAGCCUGAUUGUACAUAACAGUACAAGUGAGGUCGAAAUCAUAUUACUGAACCAUGAGGAGAAUAUAUUUGGUACUACUACUAACUUCAUCAUAAAUAUUGCUAUUGGCCAAGAUAUGGAAGUACUAAUAAUAUCUGGGAACAGUUCUCUGUGAGGUUAACUUUCUAAAGUAGAGUACAAAAACCUCAUGGAGGUUAGCUUUUUAUUAUAUAAUUAGACACUGCCCUCUGGGAAGUUAGUUUGGCUAAUACUAGGAACUGUGAAACAGUUCUUUGUGGGGUUAACUUUUUCUCAACUAGAAUGUAACUUGAGGGAUGUCAAAUUUGCUACUAACUUUUAACAUUAAAUCCAUUGUGAGCUUACUGUUUCUAAUAACUGAAAUAUUUUUUUUCUUCUAUAACUGAAAUGCAUUUUCCUGUAACUGUAGAACAGUUUUUGUGUGAGGUUAACCUGGAAUUCAAAUUUUGCCUCUGGGAGGUUAGUUUUGUGAGUGUAUGUAUAGAAUAGAAUGUUUACAACUGUGAUAUAGGUUUUAUAUAGAGUAAUUGGUCGGUAUAAAUGUGUGUACAUCUACAUUGGUGAAUCAUGAGAAAAAUUGUGUGUUCCUUGUUAAUUGAAAUUGCUUCAUAAAAGGUAAAACAUGUUCAUUACAUUUGCCAUUUAUUUUGGAAAAUAGAUUUUGUCGUGGCAUUGUGUUUGUUAAGUUAUAUACAUUUUAUGGCACUUAAAAGAAUGUGAUGAUAUAUUUAUGAUCCACAAGAUGUUAUUGCUUAACCAACAUUAAAUGUGGUUUUAUUCAUUGUGUUAAGGAUGAUCAUAUUCAGUAAGAAUAGUCACUGUCAUAGAAGUACUAUCAUAACAUUACAUGAUGCAUAAUAGUUUCCCUUUAUAAAAAGGUGGAAAACUGGAACUAACUACAGUGUUUGUUUGUUUUUUCUUGUUACUGAAUACAACAUCAAAGAUAUAUUGACAUCAUUUUCACAAACCACUAGCUUGUACGUCCUUGUACACCAAUGACAUCACAAGUGUGCCAUAAAAAUACCAGAUUAAUUAUAUAUUAUUUCAAUAUUUAUGUAACCAUUUAUUGUAAACCAUGUGAACAAUAAACGUAUACAUGUAUACAUUAAGCAGAGAUGAUGCUGGGCAGAAUUUAUUACAAACAAAACUGAUACUGUCAAGAAAGUGUUCAACUAAAUUUAACACAAACUGUAUAUACUUUUAAUACAGUGAAUCCCCUCUAAACCAGACCCUCUUGGGACAAAGACAAAUGUGUGGUUUAUAGAGUGAUCCAGUUUAGAGAGGUUUAAUAUCUGUCCUGGUUUUUAAAAAGGGACUCUGCAAAAUGUCAUGUUUUGAGGGAAUUCCGGUUAACAGAGGGUCCGGUCUUCAGAGGUUUCACUGUGCCUUCAAAAGGAGACGAUUUUCAGCAAAAUAACUCUUUAUAAAUACACUAUUCUGUUGUAUGUAAUUACAUGAUGGUAUGGUUCACAGAUUUGUAGAAUAGGAAGCUUUUGUGUGGGACGAGUUUAGUCAUGUUGUGGGUUUUUUAUUAACACUUCCAGUUGGUUUUGUUUCAUAUACAAAUAGUUUAUUUUUAUUUCUAGUUAUUAAUAGUAUGGAGGAAACCUGUAGUUGAUUGUUGUGUAGUAUACAUUCCAAAAAUAAAGCGGACUUGACAGGCAUUUUAUACAUAGCUUCAGUUGUGUGUGUGUGUGUAGGUUGAAUGUGUGUGAACUUGUACAUUGUAGAUGCUACAGGAACAGUAUUCAUGUUAAAGUAAAUAUGGUCGUAUUUUGUACUGUAAUGGAGUCCAAAGAUGAAUAAUAUUUUCCUACUGUGUCUAGUUUCAUUUCAUGACUCAUUAAAAAAAAACCCAAACCCAAUAUAUAUUAACAGGAAAGGAAUACAUUUGUUUUCUUUUUAUAUGUGUCUCAAUUUUCUGUCUUAUGAUUGUCUGUCUCUGUCUCUCUCCCGCCCUCCCCUCCCUCCCUCCCUAAUCUUACACAACCUGUAUCCUUUUAAAUUUCAACUACUUGAUGUUGAUAUAAAAAUUAUGUGCUUUCCAUUGUUCCCUGGUUGUAUGUUACAAUUUGAGAGACAAAACUGCUUAAUAAUGUUGCUAUUUUUUGUUAAUUUUUGAAAUGUUUAACAUUGACCCAUUUUUGUUGUUGUAGAUCUGUAAACAUGCAUUGCAAAGACCCGUACGAUCAUUAUGCAAUGACUACUAGUAUCUAAACCAUUUUAUUUUGGAUUGUAAAAUACUUUAUUUCACUCUAUAUGUCACAUUAUUCUAAGUUUUACUUAUCAAAACCAAUUCAAUUUCAUGAAUGUACAUGCAUGUAAAUGAUGCCAUUUUAUUUGCGAAACGUUGAUACUAUCCAAAAUUAAAAAGAAAACGCAUACUAUGCUCUUCUGGGUACUGUGUUAAUAGGAAUUAGUACAUUACUUUAUAUAGCAGACGUUUAAAGCAUUUAUUUGUGUUGUCAUCUUUCAAUCAUUGAAUUUGUUUUCACCUUAUUUAUAUUUUGUUUCGCAUGUAUCUCACAUGUACACCAUUUAUAAUAAAUAAAUUUGAAAUAGAAUGUAAAACAAUAUUUAGUAUCCAUGUAAGCAGAUAGUAUAUGGUAAUACACAUGAAUUUGUUUUGAAACCGAUAGUUUUUACUCUUAAUGUGAUAACAACAUUAUUUACAAGUUAUACAUUUACAAUAAAUACUUUGAUUAAAUCAAAUUGACCUUAAUAUUUUCAGUUAUUGCAAUAUUUAAAAGAAUUUGCUUUAUAAACAUAUUUUGAUAUUUGUAACUACCCACUAGCAUUAUGAUUAAAAAAAACUGAACAAUGCAACAUUCUUAAGUAUUGGCUUUAUUGACUGAAUAUCUUGUUCCUCGUGUGCUUGAAUUCAAAUAAAAUGUUAGGAGCUGUCUUCCAAUUUAAUUAUCCUCCUGUAUCGUGCGAACAUUGGAAAUGUGCAGAUUAAUUUAAGUAUAAUUGGUAUUAGUUUGUAAAAAACUGUAUGUUUGUUUGCAAGUAACAAAUGCAGGGGGGUCAUAAUGAACUAAUAUGGACAAAAUCUUUGGUCUUGAAAAUAAAUAAAUUUCAAGUUCAGAGCUUAAAUAAACCCUAAGAUUCACUUACUCAGUAAGGUGGUAAACAACAUUUAAGAAGUAAACUUCAUCAUUUGUUGUCAUGGAAAUAUGUACUACUUUGUACACUGUAGGCAAUGUACUUCUCUGUGGAAUUCCAUGAAAAAAUAUUUAAAAAAACGGAACAAAAACAAGGUCACUUUCUUUCUGUGUGUGGUUUAUAUGUAAGUGAUGAUACUUUCCAGUCAUAAAAUAUUCCAGCUGCAGUGUAAUUUCAUUGCAGCAGAAACACUGGAUUCUGAUUAUUCAUUCAAUUCGAACAUCAGGAUUAGUUGGUGCAUAAUUUGAGAAUAAACAUUCUGGAGUACUUUUAAAAGCUUAUAUUCUUGCAAAUAACAUGUCCAGACCGUCUCAAUUUACUGUGACAUACAUAAAUCGGGCUAACUUAAAGGAAGAUGCAAGCUUUCAGCCCCAAGUUGAGUCGGCGAACGUUUCACUAACAUUCGCAAUCUAUUUGAUUGGUUCCUGAUAUUGGAAUUAGGGUUACCAUGAAGUGCAUGAACCAGUUUAGCAGACGUUUUUCUGUUCGGUCUGGCUGAACACAGUCCAGCAUUCACAUUACCAGGCUAUGUCCUCCAUUUUGACCGACACCCAUUUCCUUGUUUGUUGGUGAGCAGCAGAACAUGAUGAUUUUUUCCUUUUUCCUUGGUGAACCUCAAGUUUAUGAUGGUAGAGCAAAACUCAGGUUCUCGUUUUAAGUCUGUGAUGCCAGUUUGACCAGUUCAAGUAAAAAAAAUAUUUACAGAUUAGAAUAAUUAUGAAAUAUUUAAUGAACUAAUUUAUCUGUGAUAAGUGACUGUCACUGCAAUCUUGCCACCUCCUUGAAACUGCGUUUGCAAAAGUCCAAGUCCCUGUUGUCACAGUACUAUGCGAGUCACAUGGUAGUGUGGGAAUUGAGAACAGAACAUGUUCACACCUCUUCAAAACAUUUAGGGACAUGUUCUCUGCACCAGAACAGUGAUGAAUACACGGUGGCCAUUUUCAGCAUCAAAUCACUAGGUAACAUGAUCAGUUAUAUUGAUCAGCUGAAGUUGAUAACUGACUUGUUAAAACACAUUUUGCCCUCAUUAUAAAAUAUUAAUUAUAUAAUGCAGUAUACUUUAUAAGUAAAAAAUUCAAUGAAUUGGGUGUCGUUUCAUUUAUUUUAAGUUGUCGGUUAAAAUGUCCAUAUUGAAUAAUUUUUUGUAAAAUUUAAACAAAAGAUUUGUGAUUUUUUUGUAAAAUAGAGAUUAAAUUUGCUUGCUGCAUAAUAAAUAUAUAAUAUAAAUAUUGUAAAUUAUUAUAAGCAUUCUUACUAGUCCAGUUAUGUGUCUAUAUAUUUUAUUUACAUAGAAAUCUGCAUAUUUAAGUGCUACGUUGAAUAGAUGGUGAUUGUAGGGGGAAAAUAUUGUUAUUUUAAUGUGCAUCUUUUCAAGCAAGUUCUUAAAAAGAAUUGAUCUUGGGCACAUGAGUAGUGUAGUGCAUGAAUUAACGAAAAUUAUCUGCAAAUUAUCUGCAUUUAUAUAUAUUUGUUGACCAUUUGUGAACAUUGGUCUGUUUUAUUUGUGAAUUCAGAAAGAAAAUGAAUUACUCAUAGCUGAGUGACAACUUUAUAGAAUUAUAAAUAGUUUAACUGGUGAAAAAGUGCUCUAUUUGCAUGUUUAGAUUAUUUUUACUAAUCAUUAUUUAUUUUUUAAAUAAACUGUUUAUCUUCACCUUACCGUAAUUGUUGAAAAAAAUUACUUUAUUGCAUAUUGUUGAGAUUACCUUGUUAAUACGCUUAGUUUUCAUUUUAAAAUUGUUAAACUGUCCACAAAUUAAAAUUUCUUAGUUUCCUGUUAACAUUAUUAGUAUUUUGGUGUGCUUUUCUCCUUUUUUUUUUCUUUUUUUUAAAAUGAGAAUUUUGGUUGCAGUGCUUAAUAGUAUCAACAGAAACCAUGAUGAUUACUUUACAGUUAUAUUUUUGUGUGUAUAUGUGUUACAUAUACAGUAGGUUGGUGACUUCUUUCUAAGCAAUGUUUUUGUAUUGGACAUUUUAACACAGUAAUGUCUUCGCAACACAAGAAUGUGUUAUAGUUUGUCCAUAACAUAUAUGUCUACCAGAUUUUUAUAUGUAUUUUUUUUUCUCUAAAUACACCAAUUGCACAUGAUGGCAUUUUCAUUUCACUAGUCGGCUUGAACUUACAUUUAGGGAAUAUUCUGUACUUGUUAAAAAACAAAAAUGAACACAAACGCAAGGCUCAACCUGGAAAGCAUUUUGGUUACACCAAUUUUUACACAUGUAAAGUAUUUGCAUGAAAAUAAUUCAAAAGUGGCUAAUUUAAAGAAAAUUUUAGUAUUAGAAUACUAAAUGUUGAAAAUUAGCAAAUGGCUAAUAUGGCAAUGGAUGGCGUCAGCCCUGAAACGAAAUAACUUGCAGCUUUCAUGUGAGCAUUUUCAUUUAAUUUUUGAUACUUUUCUUAUUGCAGUUAAUUUCUUAAAAGUCCCGGCAGUUACUGCUACAGCGUUGUUGGGUGUUUUUCCUCCCUCCUGUAAAUGUGUGGUAGGUUUAUUGUUCAUUUAACUAAAUGAACUGAGAAAAUUGUUUUCAAGUUUGUAAAAAAUAUAUAUAAUAUAUAUAAUAUAUAGAUAUAUAUAUAUAUAAAAAAUACAUUCUCUGUCACAAAUGCAGAAAACUUGUUAAAUAGAUCAAGUGCAGAAAAUGUAAGGAAUCUGAUUGAGAAUCCUCGUAUGGUUGUCCAGUGUGUGUUCAUUAAGAAUAUUUUGUUAGCAUUUUUCAUGUUUUGUGGAUCAACAAAGUAUAGAUUGUUAAUUUGUUUGCAUUGUUUAUCAGAGUGGAGUGCUUGUAUGUGUACUUUGUAGAUUUACAAUCCAGAGUGACCUAUAAAUUAUAAUCAGAGUGAAAAGCAAUAAAAUAUUAAAGUCUAA